UUGGUGGGGCCAGUGCGCAGGCGCUGCGGCGCGUGUGUGGCCCAACGGUCGCCGGGUCUGUGGAAAAUGCGGAAGCUGAAGGGGGAGAUACGGCCGCCGAAGCAGGUGAGCGGGGCGGAGCGGGACUGAUGGAGAGCCAGAGGCCGCAAUUGGCCGACAGUAGCGCCAAGAAACCGGGCGGGGACGCUCACAAUAGCGGAAAACAGGGCCAGAGAGCUCCGAAAUCGGCAGGCAGAAAGGCACGGACCACAAAAACACUCAGAUCCCUACAGUUUGCUAAUCCAGGUCGUCAAAUAACAGAGUUCACACCAGAAACCAGUCGGAGAGAGAAACGGAAACUACAGACGAAGCCAUCAAGUCAAUCUAAUGCAGACAGGCAAACGAUGCCCAUAAAAAGCAAAGUUUACGACAGUCAAGGUCUCCUCAUCUAUAGCAGACUGGAUCGGUGUGACUGUUUGGAUGAGGAUUGUUUGGGGUGCUUCUACCCGUGCCCUAGCUGUGGCUCCCAAAAAUGUGGAGUAGAAUGUCGCUGUGACCGCAAGUGGUUGUACGAGCAAAUUGAAAUUGAAGGUGGUGAGGACAAGAUUGUGCACAGUCGCUGGGAGAGGUCCCAAAUGGGGGCUGAAGUGCCGGACAUCAGGGUCCUCACUCAGUUCAGGAGUUGCGCGUUGGAGCUGGCUGGAGAGGACGUCAACCGUUCUUGUGGCAACGGUGAGGGUGGUUGCAAACACCCAGGCACAUCUGCCAUGUCACCCUCAGGCGACCUUGACUCCAACUGCAGCGCCGAGAAUACCUCGGAUGAGAUCCCUGAGGGCGGCACCAUUGAAUACCUGUCAUGGUGCUCACCCACACCCUCCACCAACGCAGUGACACACACCUUGGUGCCAACUUCAACAGUGCAAGAAAGUGAAUGGAAUCUCCAUUGAAGUUUUGGAUAGGUCCAGAUGGUCCAAUGAAGCGGGCAGGGUUUUGGUCAAACCCUUGAUCAAGGAUCGCUGAGCCACUGUGGGGUAGAGUGAGGAGGCAGGCCCCAAAUCUGCCUCAGCUGGAAUGGGGAUCGGUGCCCGUGCUGCUAGUGUUAUCCUGAACACACUAAGGUGCCUAACCACCUGAGCUAACCAGCCCCACUGAGUUUGUUUAGUUUGUUCAAGACAUCCCUUUCUUUUACUUUAAAUGCACUUAUUGCUCAUCUCAUCACUCAAUGUUAUGUCAAUCUGUUCUAUCUCCCUGGUAAACACCAAGGUGAAGUAACUAUUUAAUACCUUUGGCAUCUCUCUAUUGUUGCCUGUGAUAUCAUCCAGUUUAUUCCUUAAUGGUCCUAGGAACAUCACAGCCUUCUCUUUUUUAUUGAUGUGCCUGUAAAAUAUUUUAUUAUUUUGGUUUAUGCUCCUUGCUAAUUUAAUUUAAUAGUCCAUCUUUGCCUUCUUAAUUGCUUUCUUUUCACUUUUCUCCUAAUCUCUCGCUUAUCAUGCACUCCUCUGCUUUCUAUAUAAUCAAUAGAUGGAAUUGUUCCAGAUUUGCACUAAGUGCGGUAGAAGUUGGGAAAAAGAACGUUUUACCCGGCAGCCGCAAUGGUGGCUUUUCAUGCUGU